AUGGGGUUCCAACUGGUCGAGCCAUUCUCCCUCUCGCCGCCAUCUGCCAUUCCCAUCCUCCAGACGUCGACUCAGGCUAAUGACGAGACCAAUCCUAACCUCCAAGGUGUAGUUGAUAUGGGAAGUAAUGGCAUCCGCUUCUCUGUCACUGAUAUGUCCCCGGAACGUGCCCGUAUCCUUCCCACCGUCCACGUCUACCGGGUAGAUAUUUCGCUCUACGAUGCACAGUUUGACCCAGACACAGGGAAAAGGAUCCCCAUUCCUGCGCAUGUGAUUCAAAACGUCGUUGCCGCCCUCGUCCGGUUCCAAAUUGUCUGUGUGGACCUUAGGGUUCCAAAGGAAAAUAUUCACAUCGUCGCCACUGAGGCCACGCGCGGCGCCAUCAACUCGGCCGAGUUCAUCGAUGCAAUCAAGUCAGGGACGGGGUUGCAGGUCGAGCUUCUGAAGAAGGAAGACGAAGGCCGCAUCGGCGCUCUUGGUGUCGCCAGCGGCUUCUCCCACGUGCAAGGGCUUCUGAUGGAUCUCGGUGGUGGCAGCACGCAGAUCACCUGGAUGAUAUACCAAGGUGGUACUGUACGCAUCAGCGAGAAGGGUUCCUUCAGCUUUCCUUACGGCGCCGCGGCGCUGAGCAGGAGGCUCGACGAGAUCACCAAGGGCAAAUCAAAAAAGGAUGCCGACGAGGCUGUUGCAGGACUGCGCAAAGAGAUAGUGAGUAACCUGGCCGAUGCGUAUGAGAAGCUCAAGGUGCCGUCCAGCUUGAUCGACAUUGCGAGGGAGGAGGGCGGAUUUCCGUUGUACCUCUCCGGGGGCGGUUUUCGGGGCUGGGGCUAUCUCCUCCUAUAUAUGGAGCAGACUCACGGCCAACCCCACCCGAUAUCGAUCAUCAAUGGCUACACUGUCGGGAAAAGCAGAUUCGAGGAUACCAAAGCCUUGAAGGAGAUUGCCAAGACUGCCAAUAGCAUCUUCCGCGUCUCUGACAGGCGGCGCAAGCAAGUUCCGGCCGUGGCGUUCCUGGUGAACGCAUUGGCGGAAGCCAUCCCCUACGGCAUCCAGAAAGCCCACUUCUGCCAGGGCGGGGUGCGGGAGGGAGUGCUUUUCAAGAUGCUGGGGCCAAGCAUCCGGCUUCAGGACCCCUUGGAGGUUGCCACUGGACUUGUGGCACCGCCGUCAGCGCUGGAAAUAUGCCGGCUUCUACAGUCAUCCGUGCCCCUACCGUCGCCGGGCCGCUCGCGCCGUUUCCCAGAGACCAUCUCCUCGCACGUCAUCCAAGCAUUCGCCAACACCCUAUAUGUCCAUGGAGUCAUGGACAAGGAGCUCGCUUCCACCUCGGCCUUGUAUAGCACAAGCACGGCACUGCUUUCGUCCACGCGCGGAGUCUCUCACGAGGACAGGGCACGACUGGCGCUCAUGCUUGAAUCCAGGUACAUGGGGGAGCUUCCCCCACGCGAGGUCCUUUUCAAGGAACUUCUUCGCCAGCUCAUCACGCCUGAGGAGGUAUGGUGGGCGGCAUAUCUGGGACGCAUUGGGUAUCUGAUUAGCCGGUUGUAUCCCUCUGGCAAGAUUCCCGAGGAGGAGCCGAGAGUUGUGCUAUCGGCAAAUUGGGUCUGGAAUAUGGGCUCUGCUGGCAACAAAGAGGGCGUGCGGUUGACCAUUUCAGUUCAAAAGGUCGAGUCCGAUCCCGCACAGCUCGCUCAGGCACUGCGAGACCAUGUGCGCCUGAUAGAGAAAGUAGGGAAAAGGAAGAACUGGAUUGGAGGAGAGAACGGUUGGGGCAUGAAGGUCCAGGUCGAAGUAGUAGAGGAAGACCUUGGAUAG